AUGUCAAAAAACAAAAGGUCUCAGUCAUUUCCAUUAGCCCAGCCCAGAACAUCUAAGGGGAAAGAAGAUAAGACCAAGAAGGCUGCCAGCGAAAUGAUGAUAGUACCGAAAGAGGAUGAGGAAUCCAGUGCAUUAGUCCCUGCAACUCAAAAGGAGAUCCCAUGUGAUUUCAUCCCAGAGGAAAUUAUUCUGUCUCUGACCAGCACAGCCUAUGCUGGUAGUUGUCCUGAACACUUACUACCUAAGAAAGACAAAAGUGCCAAAGAUUUGAAGCCCAUCACGCGUUCCACGAACAAUGUCUGGCAUCACCCAGUCCGAAGGAACAAGUUCCAACACCUGACAGAUUUCCCCGUCUUCUUCAAGGGAGCUGGAAGGGAUAUUUCUUUUUUGUAUGACAUUAAAGCUGAAAAAAUAGAGCGUUCAUGGCUUCCAAAGAUUUCCGAUUUUCUUAAUCAGCCUCCAGGACCAUACAAAGGUUUGACUCCACCCAAGAGAUCAAAGAAGUUAACAGAUACUUUGAUCCCCGAAGAAUUUCAUGUUGUAUCCAGCACAGGAGUUACAGGCUUACAAUUUUAUGAUGAUAAAUAUACAACCCUGUUGACUGAUAGUCAGAAUAGACUGUUACUUUUCCCAUCCAUGAAACCAAAUAAGAGAGUUGAGGUGGCACAGCUGAAGAGUGUGAUGGAUAUCAUGCUAGAGAAGGCUGGUGUAGACUCAGAAGAAUCAGUAAAUUCAACGAAGAUGCACAAACUUCUUGAAAAGCUGAAGACUGAACAGAACAUUUACAAUACAGUAUUUCAUGAAAUUAUUCGACAAAUCAGUGUGGACUGUGCAGACAGAGGAGAACUCUUAUCUAAUAUAAGACAGAGGUAUGUGAAAUUGCUUGACCAAAUAGCUCGUCAGAUGAUUGAUUUUUACAAAGACAUGGUGGCUCAACGGAUAAUGGACAAACGCAUCAUAGAAGAAUUGUUUAACUUCAAGAACGUUGUUGAAGAGCUGAGCAGAGAGCUAUUUCUAGUUCGGGAAUAUGAUAUAAAAUUGAAGAAAAAAUCAGAGAAAAUCCAUGAAGAAUUGAUGCUGGCACUUUGCAAUGCAGAGAAGAAUGCCAGAAUUGUGGAAGAAUAUCAUGACUUAUAUACAUCACAAAGAGGAAGGAUGGAAUCUGAUCUUAAGCAGUUAACAACAGAAAGAGAUGUCUGGUGCGCAGCCACCUAUGAUUUGGCCCUAAAGGUGAUUGAAAAAAACAACCUCAUAAUGGCCAAAAAACUUUAUCUGAAUGAAAAGGCUUGGAAUAAUUAUGUCACACACUUCAUUGUAAUGCUGGCAUACCAGGAUUCAGUAGACCUUGCACAAAUGCAGAGAAACACACAGCAAUGGAGAAGUAUUUUUAGACACUUCAAAUUUGAGAUGGAGCAACAUGAAGAGAAUAUCAGGCAGAGGAUUAAGAAUGUGAAGGACAUCCUCCAAAAGAUGCAGACUUUCCUUGAGAAAAAUAAUGUACAGACUAACAUAUCUCCCAUCAAGAAUUCUGCCAGGAAGUCAAUGUGUGCAGAGCUCAAGAAAUGUAAUGAAAUGUUGUCUGAAGAUGCCGACAGUUUGAGUGGAGAUAAACUUCUUGAAAAGGUAGAGACUCUCAAGAUUGCUUUUCGCCUACAGACAAGUUGGACAGAGCUGGGGAAGGCAAUAAUAAAUCGUCAUAGAAAUAUAGAUGGGGAAACUCCCCCAGAACAGGGCCUCAUGGAAGAGAUUAGUAGGAGUGGCAAAAGACUGUGCAGAGAAUAUGAAUCAAGAGUGAAUGGAGCAGAAAAUGGUUUUAACAGGAUUUUUAUAAGCAUAAAUUCUAUUUUUGAACUGUGGAUAUACAAGAUGGAAAGUGUCCAUCCAGUUACUGCAAUGUCUCCUGGGGACUGGAAAGUAUUUUAUGGAAAAAUUCCUGAAAUGUUUCAGCUCCUGGAUAAGUUGACAAGUGUUCUUGGUGUUACCCCAAUGUCAGAAGAACAGAUAAAACGUAAAUAUGUUCCGGUAGUUCAAGUUAAUCUGUUUAAUUUGAUUCAACAAUGGAUUUUGACUCUAUCCACUGGGACUGACAAGGACAAUAUUGAGCUUCAUAAGCAACUGAAUGAAAUCCAUAUAACCAUGAUUAAGUGGUUGGUAGAUUUGAUCAUUAUAAUGGUACCUGAUCAUGUUGGUGAACACACCCUCCCAAAGACUGAAAUGGAUAUCACUGAGGAAGAACUUGUUCAUAAUAAAGGCAUUGCGACGCUGGAGCUAGAAGGCAUAUUGCUGGCCAAAAUGUUGAGCCGGUUCUCCAUCUAUAUAUUCAGCUGUUGCAAAAGUAUGGUGGCAUCAAUGGCCGUGAAGAAAGAAGUUGCUUUAGAUCCCCAAGCUAAUAAGGAUAUUGAGGAGUUGGUGAAGAUUAAGAGAGAAUGCAUCGAAUGGGUUGCUACAUGUAAUCUCCUGCUUUCUGAGUUAAAAGGAAGAGAUGUCUUUUUGUUGACACCUGAAGAUACAAGAAGCCUUUAUGAUUAUGAGCUAAUUGUGGAUGGCAAGACCUAUAAUGUGGUUGGAUGGGAGGAGACAUUGGGAGAAAUGGCACAGAAAAAGUUUGAAGAGAUUUUUGAAAUGGGAAAGACUCAAGAAACAAAAAGAGAAGAAAAGAAGCCUAGUCGGGCUCCAAAAAUACCUCUUGUCCGGUUUCUUGGAAUAGAUAAAAACAUCCGUUCUAAACCUCUGGUAGUAGAAAGAGUGUUACCUACAGGGGAAGAAGUGAUCGCUCUUGCUAAAUUUAACAACUGUGAAAAGGAGAGAUAUGAAUCACUGGGGUUAAUUGAACAUUUGCAAACGAAACUCCUGGAUACAGAAAUUCGAGUCCAGUUCGCAGAAGAGAAAUAUGAAGACAUAAACGAGAAGCUGACUAUCGAACGUCUGAAAAACCAAGAGCUAGAGAAAGAGCUGGAUCAAAUCCGAGCACUCUUAACUGAUAAUAGAAUUAUAGAAGAGGAAGUAGUAGAGGAGGAAGAGGCUAAAAAACCAAGCACCUCAGAAAAGAAGGAAAAGAGGGAACGUUCAUGGAGUAAAGACAAAGGCUCAGGUCCUCCUAAAACCAAAUCAAGUUCCAAAUUCAAACGCUAG